AUGCGUGGCAGGGAGAGGGCUCUCUGCGGGCUGAUCAAAACGGAGCGGUGCCGAGAGAUCGGCUCAGAAACUUGGUGGAAGCAGCGAAAAGCAGAGCCCGGCGCGAGCCGUGGCUUGGAAAGGGAAGGCGAGGAGAGUCCAGGAGCAAGCACCAGCAUGUCUGAGCACAACUGCUGCAGCACGGAUGAGAAACUCCCGGCAGGAGGCAACAGGAAUAUCUCCAAUCACAGCCUGGUGGACCUGGUCUCCUUCCUGCCUUCGGACGGCACCCAAGCCACCCGGAUCGCUAUCGCUAUUGUCUACUCCGCCGUCUGCACCCUGGGGAUGCUGGGCAACCUGCUGGUGUUCUUCCUCUUGGGCUCCAGGCACCGCCGGAGAAUGUCCAGCGUGACUUUCUUCGUGCUCAACCUGGCGGUGACCGACUUCCAGUUUGUCCUGACCUUGCCCUUCUGGGCGGUGGACAUGGCCCUGGAUUUCAGCUGGCCCUUCGGCAAGGUCAUGUGCAAGCUGAUCUCCUCGGUCUCGGCCAUGAAUAUGUACGCCAGCGUCUUCUUCCUCACUGCCAUGAGCGUGGCCCGCUACUGCUCUGUGGUGUCGUCCCUCAAGGCCGACCAGGGCUCCUCCUCCAGGCGUCUGGCUAAGGUGGCCAGUGCCAUCAUCUGGCUCUUUGCCGCCUUAGCCACCUUGCCACACGCCAUCUUCUCCACCACCCAUAGGGUCUCCGGGGAUGAGCUCUGCCUGGUGAAGUUCCCGGAGCUGAAAGACAUCGACCCCCAGUUCCUGCUGGGCUUGUACCAGACCCAGAAGGUCCUGCUGGGCUUUGUCAUCCCCUUGGCCAUCAUCUCGGCCUGCUACAUCCUCCUCCUCCGGUUCCUGAGCAAGAUGAGGAUGAGCCGCAGCAACCCCAGGACGAGAUCCCGGGUCACCAAGUCGGUCACCAUCGUGGUGCUCUCCUUCUUCAUCUGCUGGCUCCCCAACCAAGCCCUGACGGCCUGGGGCAUCUUCAUCAAAUUCAACCUGGUGCCCUUCACUGAAGCCUUCUACAACACCCAGGCGUACAUCUUCCCCGUCACCGUGUGCCUGGCUCACACCAACAGCUGCCUCAACCCCAUCCUCUACUGCCUGGUGAGAAGGGAGUUCCGCGAGGCGCUGAAGGGACUCUUGCUCAAGGUAACCCCUUCCUUCAGCAAACGUGCCAGCAAAGCCCACCCCAGGCAGGGCUCAGCCCUGCUAGCCCGGCCAGCAGCGAGGGAACUGCCUGAACCUCAGUGCUGUGGGUGA